AUGAAGAAGCCCAAUUGGGAGGCGCAUCGCGCCGAGAUUGAGCGACUACACAUUGUGGAGAAGCGAGCUCUUGACGACGUGAUUGGCAUCAUCAGAGCAACUAGAGGUUUCGUUGCGAGCAAGGAGUCAUACGAGAAAAGAAUAAGACGAUGGCGCAUCCAAAAGAUCAUGAGCUCGAAAAUUCGGGAGUUGUUGCAGCAAAAGGCAGCGAACGAGCCUCUUGAGACAGUACGGAGAGAAGUUUCCAGAUAUGAAAACCAGGGGUUCAAGCUCCGAGAACAGGAUGCAAUCGUGACGUUGAAGGAUUCUCGACAAACGCGACUAAAACUUCCCGAAUUCAUCUUCCCUCCUAAUCCGAUCCACCAACGUGUAGAGGGUGGGAGCCCCUGGCUAGGCUUCAUGAGGACUCUUCGCGCAUUAGGAUUCCAAGCUCCAAUUCCGUCUCGUCCUGCUUCGCCAACGGCAGCGACGUCUCUCAUCAUCACGAGUGUCGGAGGUUCAUGGCCAAGCUCAGACGCUAUCACCGCUCUCAUAUCUGCUUCAGGCUCUGAUUGCCGAAACAUGCCGCAGGGAGACCAAAUCAUCCCAUGGGCAGCUGAGGCGCUCAGGCGCCUAAUGCCAGAAGAGUAUCCUGGACAAUCCAACGAUAUCAUUCAGGCGUUGGUAAGAAGCCGCACCACAACGGAGACUGAAGAGAGUCUCAUGGUGCAACUCUACCUUCUGGUGAAUAACCUCUCAACAUACGACCAUAUGCUGGCCAAAUGCUCCUAUAAGGAACAUCGCGAUUGGGAACGAGACUCGGAUGAGCAUGUCUUACAUAUAUGGGACAUUGUAAAAACGGCCGGACUCGCUCGGUGCAAGACCUUCUUCUCUACUCCCAAUGUCGCCAUCUCGGCCAUCAAGGACCGGUGCCUAUCGAGCGCUCUGAGAUUAGGCAGGCUAGACUUCUUGGAGUUUGUAUUGGACUCUGGAGUCGAUGUUAAGAGUCCUGUUCCAGUCCCGUUGUCACUUGACGGCGAAUAUCCCCUCCAACUUGCAGCAGACAUCGACGAUGAGGAAACAUCACAACAAGCCGUCCGGAUGCUUCUCCAACGUGGUGCCGUGCCCGAGCCGAAUAAACACCGAUCCAUACAUCACGACAAUCCAGACCAGUCGCCGUUGGGCUCAGCCAUCAGGUUAGAACACUGGGCGGUAGCAGAAAUACUCAUUGCGGCGGGAGCUCCCGCCAGUUCUGAUGCCGUGUGGCACGCUCUCGCUGAUGGACAUGAGGAGAUGUGCCUGCGUUUAUUGGACGCGGGAGGCGACCCUGACGCUGCAAACUGCGUUGAGAAGGGUGAUUUGGAAAUGGCAGAAGCCCUGGUGGCACGAGGCGCAAACGUGAAUGCGUUGCAGGAAUUCACGCACUCAACUCUCCUUCCGGGCCAUGUCAACGAGCUCCAAGCAACAACACCCCUUGGCCUUGCUGCACGCGAAGGGAACUUCGAAAUGUGUGGUUUCCUUCUACAAAGUGGUGCCAAUAUCAACAUACCGACAUUCAGCGAGAUUCCCAAAAAAGACUAUCAUUACGUGAGCCAGCCGCCUGUUCCUUACCUCCCUUUAACUGUCGCAUGCGGCAAUGGGCACAUGGAAAUCGAAACUCUUCUUGGGAUUCUCAUCAGUCAGUUCAGGGGUUGCGAGAUUCCGCAAUCCGGUUUCGAGCUGUGCAAAUCUUUGAUCCAAAAGGGCGCGCUCCUUGAUGACGCGUUGAUAACAUCGAUCACUGCUAAGAACCACGCGUUGGUUCGGUUCUUUCUCGAUGAGAAGGCGCCUUUUCAGGCACCCACUUGGGCUCUCUCGAGGAAAACGGCUCUGGGAGCUGCAAUUGAGAGUGGCGAUGUGGCAAUAGCCCAGUCUAUAUUCAAUGCCGGAGGUGUUGAGACGGGGGAGCUGAGCGCUAUUCCAAACCAAGAGAUGAUGGAUUUCAUGACGAUAACUGGGCUUCUUUGUCCUGCUCUUCUGCAGUACGCGCCGGAGAUCGUGAACAGCGCCAUCAAAGUCCCUGACGGAAACAAAGCUAUACUGCGCUGCAUUUUGACGCAUAAUAUCGACUUUUCCAAUGCUGGCAUGAGUGAGUACGGGCCACUCGAAUGCGCCAUCAAAGAAGAUUUGGAUCUAGGGUUGAUUGAGUUCUUACUUCAACGGAAGGCACCUGUCCGCCAGAGGACUGUCGCGCUGGUAGUCGAGGCGAUCAGCAAGAUACGGCACAAAGAGUCGCAGAGUUCGAAACCACGCAGGUCAACUCCAAAGGCCAAGCAGACUAAGCUGGAGAAAAUAGAAAAGAUCUUCAACCUUGUCCUCCAGCAUAUACCGGACGCUUGGAAACACGGAAUGACAAAGGAUUCCCCAGAUCGUUGCCGCCCACGGAGUGCGGCAAGAUUCAAUUUCAAUUUCGACGGGCCCCGAAGGAUCAAACUCGACCUUCCGGCGAUUAUCGUCGCAGCAAAAGAAGGGCUUCUAGAUAUCGUCAAGAUACUGCUCGACAAGGUGGACUGGGGUCCGCGGAUUGUAGGAGUUGCUCUCACCGUCGCGAUUCUGAACAGCAAUUACCAUGUGGUGGAUUAUGUUUUAGCAACGGAACCUCUCCCAUCACUAGAAGAGUCAUAUUGGGGAUAUAGCCCGCUUGGAUACCGGGAUUCCGGGUCAAUAAUUUCGCCUCUGUCUGCCGCAGUCAAAUCAGGCAAGGUUUUUCUAGCCAAGAGGCUUAUCAAGUUAGGAGCCAGGGUCGACCGCGGAGAUGAGAGCUGGCACGGCGAGUAUACGGCACUCCAGUUAGCUGCAUCCCUUGGCCGUGAAGAAAUGGUCGACUUGUUGCUGGAAAAUGGAGCUGACCCUAAUGCCCGGGGAGGAGGUUCUUCGAGAGGGAGGCGAGGCUGGACAGCUUUGCAGCUUGCCACAGAUCAGGGUUACUUGAGUAUUGUGUGA